AGGGAAACCUGGAUACGUAGGCUAGCUUUUUGCCUGGGAAGAAGAGGAAAACAUACUUGGACAAACAGUUAACAAUUUCUUUCUGUGUUCUGGAAGAACUUGUAUGAGAUAAGAAAUACUUGAAUCAUGGGUUUUUUUAACCACUUAACCUAUUUUCUGGCUGCUGGCGCUGUCAGUUUGGGAAUCGGUUUCUUUGCUUUGGCAUCAGCUUUGUGGUUCCUGAUUUGCAAACGAAGAGAAAUAUUUCAAAAUUCCAAAUUUAAAGCAACUGAUGAGAGAUGCAGGCAAAAACAAUCAAAGGCAAAGAUUAAAUCUCAUUCUCAGUGUGUUUUUAUCUCUCGAAAUUUUCAUACUGGAAGAUUCCAAUUACAGGAGGAGCAAAGAAAACAGGAAGCAGCACGUUUAAAAGCAAUUAAAGGUCACUCUAAAGAUGAAUUCCACCUUGCAACACAAAAGGGUCUUUGUCAGCCCCCAGAGAGUAGCUCCACAACAAAUGGCAGCAGUGUUACAUUAAGCUUGUCAACUUUACCAUCUGAUUCUUACUACAGCCAAAGUAUAGAAGCAGCUGAUGACUGGUUUUCUGAUGAUUCCCUAGUGCAAAAGAGCUCGCCAAAGCCUCUUCUCAGGGAACCUCUAAUGGAAAAAGUAUUUUCAUAUCUAUCUUCCUUUUCAAAGGAAGAUUGUACUGAAAACGUCAUGAAUAUUACACUAUAUGAUGAUCAAAAAGAGGAAAGCAUUAAGGAAAUAUUUUCACAAAGAAACUCAGAGGUUGAAAUACAAAACCUUCAACAUAAUAUUGAAUGACUUUUCUUUGGAAACCGUAUGUACACUGACAUCAGGUAAAGUUAAAACUGAAUUACUACCCAUUGAAUCUCCUAACAUGUUCAUGCUAAUACUGCUUUUCCUGUACUUUACCAUGGAGUGGUCCCACUUACCUUGCUAGUUCUUAUUUCUAGAAACAAAGGAAGAACUAAAGGGAUAUCAUGAACAUUAAGCUUAACCCCAUGUAUGUCAUCAAAAGACAAUAAAUAAUAGGAAUAUACCUCAAUAUACAGGAGAAAUACUUGAAGAAAUCUUUAGCACAAAUACAAUAUAUUUUUGAAUAAAACAUCCACAACAUUUCCUUAUGCUUUGGACGUUUUCAAUUUUAUUUCAGUGUGGGUAAGGCUGGAUAGAAUACCUCCAUCAGUUUUUCUGAAUUUCAAACAAACAAAUCGCCUUCAGAUCUUAACAUGUCAUGCUUUUGGUAAACAAUAUAAUUUGCUCCUACAGGGGAACUUAGAACACUGCAAAAAAUCCAGAAAAUAAUCUUCUUUUCUCCUUCCUAUCUCAGAAUGGUCCCCCAACCCUCAUACCACUAUGAUGAAAAUAAUUCAUAGGCACCUGACUCAAGCUAGGUGAGUCGUGAGUCAGUUUCUCUCCAGUCUGAGAAACCUUUGGUCAAAUUUCUAUUGAUGCUUCUGAGGGAUUUUUGACACCUACAUGUAAUUA